AUGGAUCACCGCCGUUUUCUCUUGCCUGAGCGAAGACCUUCGGCUCAGAAGCUAAUGGAACGUGUUCUCUCCGCCUUCUCUGAAUUUCGUAGUGGUAAACCCUCGUCUAGCUCCUUUUCCUCUGACGGCGCCAGCUGUGGCCGCGAGGUGGUUCCGGCGUCACUUUUUAACACUGUUCCGGCUUCACUUUUAUACACAGAGCCAUCGUUCUACUCCCGGAACAGAUCCGAACUUUAUUUAAGCAGCAACAUAACCUACCAGAUAAAGCUCUUCAAGAAAUCAACAACUUUCCUCAUUCCAAACAGGAAAAAGACAGAGGAAAUUGAGAGAGCUGAGCUUGAGCAAGAAACAAUUCGCGUCAAAGACAUUGCUGAGGCUGAUAUUGCGGUCCAGGAACUGAUUAUACAACGAAGGAGAAGCUGA